AUGGUUCGUGUUUGCGAACUUUGCCCGGAAGGGAAAGCAAGACAGGCCGUCGUCUACUGCCCUGCUGAUGCAUGUUUCUUAUGUUCAGCCUGCGACGAAGAAGUCCAUUCCGCAAAUCGCCUCGCUGGCCGACACGUCCGACGCGCUGUCGCCACAGACGAUGGUGGUGACGGAUCUAGCAUCAAUGACGAUUCCGAAAAUGCCCUUGUACCAGAUGUUGCCGAACUAGAUGAAGGCGAACAUUCAGACCCGAGCUCUUCAGAAGAUAUGUUGCUUAUGAGCCUCCCCAUUCAAGUCCCGUCUUUCGAGGAUGCCGCGGAAUACGACUUCGAUUUUGAAGGAGGCCUCGGAGGGAAGAUGCCCGCUCUGUGUGCCAUCGACGACGACGCCCUGUUCACUGGGACAAAGUCUCUCGGAAAGAGUUUUUACGGUGAUAUUUCAUGGGAAAGUGUUGUUCCGGAAAACAUUGAACAUGUUGUACCAGACGUGUCCGCUCCAGGGAUGGGCUUUUUCAAGCGAGAAGCUGUGGAGGUGGACGCACCUAUGAAAGUUGUGUCGUCAUCGACUGCUGCGUCCUCAGUUGGAGAUCUGAAGAGUCAACCUGAAGUGACGAGUAUAUCUGUGGUUAACCGACCAGGAACGAUUGUGAGAAUCGAUGGGGCAGUAGUUAGCAAGGCUGAACCGACGUUGUCGUUAUCGUCGACGGGAAGUAGUAUAACGGGUCAAAAACGAUCCAGGGAGGAGGACGAAUCUUCAGGGGUCAGUGGGGACAAGACAAACGCUGAGAAGGAUGAGGCGGAGCGGGCAGCCGAACAAAGAAAGAAGCGCCGAAUGGAAGCAUUGGCGCGGUUCCGUAGCAAGCGAGCGAAUAGGUCAUUCACCAAGAAGGUGAGAUACGAAUGCCGAAAGCAGCUGGCCGACUCGAGACCACGGGUGAAAGGACGGUUUGUGCGAAAGAUAGAAAUGGCACUAUUUAGAAAGUACGGUGCCCUCUAUCGUGAGCACUUGGAUGAGCUGGAAGGAGCAAAAAAGGAGGUCAAGGGCGACCAUCGGGUGCCGGCAAUUUAGGCUCGGACUUGAGAUGACGUUGUACGCUGGGGAGCGCACCGUCAAACAUUUGUUAUUACAUUUUCAUCGACAGGCGACUGCAGGCCACCGACAGGCCGUCGGUCGGAGCUGCCUCGUACGGCAAAUGAGUUUGAACGACAUGAACAUGAGUCGCAGUCGACAUGCAAAGACCAUAACCGCAUUUUGGACAGCGACGGUGGCAUAGAGGUGCAUAUGAAUUAUUCAGGCUUGCGAUAAAUGGCCACUUGGCAACAAUUUUUUCCAA